AUGAGCUCUACUAAGCAGAAAAAGUAUCAGAGAGAUCUUAAACAAAUUGAUGAAGAAAAUAAUCAAUCAGUAUUACAGGGUAAUAAUCAAGUAGAGAAACAAAAAGAAAAUAUUGACUCCAGUAUGAUUAUCAAUAGAGAAGUACUGCAGAAAUCUAAAAAAUGGACAAAAUAUCCAAAUAGGGGGGUCCAGUUUAAUGGGAGGUCUAACACAAAGUCAGAUUAUCAAAGAGUGGGAUUACAGAGCCACCAGAAGGAGAUAAGCUCAAAAAUCAAUAAAAAGGUAUCUUUCCCCAAGAGAUGUAAACGAGGUAAAAGAGGAGGCCAGAAAAAGUCCUUGUCCAAACCAAAAAAUAGAGUAAAAGCCAUAGAAUCUGAAGAAACUUGGGUAAAUCCAGAGAAAAAGUUUAAAAUCCCUAAAAGAUUGCUCGCCUCAUUUCCUUUCCCUCAAGAUGAUAGGAAGAAAUGGGAAAAUCCAGCGAUAGUGGACGCCUCUGUAUCUAGAUUGUCACGUAAAAUUAUAUUACCUGUCCCAGACGCAGCCUCCUUAAAGGAUACGACUGACCGCGGAAUUGAGACCACACUCAAAUCUCUGUACACAGCUGCUGGGGUGGCAAAAUGGUCAGACUCUGCAAACGUUAUGGUGAAGGCCAUGAAGGAAAUUGGCCUGCUCAACGCACGUGUCAGUGUCCGCACGCAGAGGCUUAUGGCUACGCUAAUAGACUGCGGAUUCCAGGAGAAGCGUGGAGAGCCUGCCCUUCACAGAUCCAAAGGUUCCUCCACUGCCUUUAGAGGUGGUCGAGGAAAAUCCAGAAAACCUGCAACUACAGGUUCUCAAGAACAGCUCAGGUUCUGCUUCCUGAAAGUCUUCAGCAUGACGGUGGACCACACUGCCUGGAGAAAAGAUAACGACAGUAGACAGGAUUCUCCAGGAGAUAACCUCAUUACCCCAAUUAUACAUCCAGCUCUAUCAACUGAUCCCCCUGAACCUGGGAAAUGUUCUCCUGAUCACUCUGAUAUUGGUGCAUCUAUUACAGCUCUGAGAUUAGAUACAGAGUUUCCCUGUUCUACAGAUGCCAAAUGUUUUACACAGAACACAAACCGUAUUACUCAUCAGCCAGCUAAGGCAGGUGGGAGGCCAUUUCCAUGUUCUGAGUGUGGGAAAUGUUUUACAUAUAAAUCAGAUCUUGUUACACAUCAGAGACGUCACACUGGUGAGAAGCCAUUUCCAUGUUCUGAGUGUGGGAAAUUUUUUACAAGUAAAUCAAAUCUUGUUACACAUCAGAGAUGUCACACAGGUGAGAAACCGUAUUCCUGUUCUGAGUGUGGGAAAUGUUUUGCACAGAAAUCUGAUCUUUUUAAACAUCAGAGAAGUCACACAGGUGAGAAGCCGUAUUCCUGUUCUGAGUGUGGGAAAUGUUUUGCAUCGAAAUCAUAUCUUGUUACACAUCAGAGAAGUCACACAGGUGAGAAGCCGUAUUCCUGUUCUGAGUGUAUGAAAUGUUUUCCACAGAAAUCAGAUCUUAUUACACAUCAGAGAAGUCACACAGGUGAGAAGCCGUAUUCCUGCUCUGAGUGUGGGAAAUAUUUUGCAUGGAAAUCAAAUCUUGUUACACAUCAGAGAAGUCACACAGGUGAGAAGCCGUAUUCCUGUUCUGAGUGUGGGAAAUGUUUUACAUCGAAAUCGGAUCUUUUUAAACAUCAGAGAAGGCACACAGGUGAGAAGCCGUAUUCCUGUUCUGAGUGUAUGAAAUGUUUUACACAGAAAUCAGGUCUUGUUAUACAUCAGAGAAGGCACACAGGUGAGAAGCCGUAUUCCUGUUCUGAGUGUAUGAAAUGUUUUCCACAGAAAUCAGGUCUUGUUACACAUCAGAGAAGUCACACUGGUGAGGAGCCAUUUCCAUAUUCUGAGUGUGGGAAAUUUUUUACAAAUAAAUCAAAUCUUGUUACACAUCAGAGAAGUCACACAAGUGAGAAGCCGUAUUCCUGUUCUGAGUGUGGGAAAUGUUUUGCACAUAAAUCGUCUCUUUUUAAACAUCAGAGAAGUCACACAGGUGAGAAGCCGUAUUCCUGUUCUGAGUGUGGGAAAUGUUUUGCAUCGAAAUCAAAUCUUGUUACACAUCAGAGAAGUCACACAGGUGAGAAGCAGCAUUCCUGUUCUGAGUGUAUGAAAUGUUUUCCACAGAAAUCAGAUCUUAUUACACAUCAGAGAAGUCACACUGGUGAGAAGCCAUUUCCAUGUUCUGAGUGUGGGAAAUUUUUUGCAUCGCAAUCAAUUCUUGUUACACAUCAGAGAAGUCACACAGGUGAGAAGCCGUAUUCCUGUUCUGAGUGUGGGAAAUGUUUUGCAUCAAAAUCAAAUCUUGUUGCACAUCAGAAAAGUCACACAGGUGAGAAGCCGUAUUCCUGUUCUGAGUGUGGGAAAUGUUUUGUAUCGAAACCAAAUCUUGUUACACAUCAGAGAAGUCACACAGGUGAGAAGCCAUAUUCCUGUUCUGAGUGUGGGAAAUGUUUUCCACAGAAAUCGGCUCUUGUUACACAUCAGAGAAGUCACACAGGUGAGCAGCCAUAUUCCUGUUCUGAGUGUGGGAAAUGUUUUGCACACAAAUCAUCUUUUGUUAGUCAUCAGAGAAGUCACACAGGUGAGAAGCCGUAUUCCUGUUCUGUGUGUGGGAAAUGUUUUCCACAGAAAUCGGCUCUUGUUACUCAUCAGAGAAGUCACACAGGUGAGAAGCCGUAUUCCUGUUCUGAGUGUGGGAAAUUUUUUGCAACUAAAUCAAAUCUUGUUACACAUCAGAGAAGUCACACAGGUGAGAAGCCGUAUUCCUGUUCUAAGUGUGGGAAAUGUUUUACACAGAAAUCAGGUCUUGAUACACAUCAGCGAUUUCACAGGUGAGAAGCCAUUUUCAUGCUGUGAGAGAAAUAAAUCCGCUCUUGUUGAACAUAUUAGACAUUACCCAAGCACGGAACCAUUUAAAUCUUCUGGAGUAUAAUUAUCACUGUCAUGCAAUGUUCCUCAAGGGUCAAUCCUAUCUCCUAUGCUUCAUGCAAUAUACAGUCUGGUCCAUAUAUGUUGGGACAUCGACACAAUUCUCAUAUUUUGGGCUCUAUACACCACCACAAUGGAUUUGAAAUUAAACAAACAAGAUGUGCUUUAACUGCAGACUUUCCGCUUUAAUUUGAGGGUAUAUACAUCAAAAUCAGGUGAACGGUGUAGGAAUUAAAAUGGUUUUUAUAUGUGCCUCCCACUUUUUAAGGGACCAAAAGUAAUGGUACAAACUAAACAAUCCUAAAUCAAAUAUUGUAAAUCAGUAGAUCAGUGCGCUCGUCCAGUUCAACAAAAAAUACUUUACUACUUAAUGUGGUCGCAGCCCGGAUCAGUGUUUCGUGAAUUGAGCUUUGACAUAUUUUCCAAGGGCGAUCUGAUUACCAUCUCCUAGAUGAAGACCUGGAUACAAUAUCCAUACUGAUAUGCAAAUAUUUAUCUGGUACGCAUAUAAAUUUUGUGUGAUAACUGAAUUUAAUCCCACAUACGGAAAUAUACUACGCUAUAUAGCGAUUCUUUGUGUCUCCUAGCAGCAUUUAGAUCCCAGCAGUAACCUGGACUUAAGAAUGGGGGACGGAUACGCCAUGUGUCAAGCCGUAAUCCGUACGCUAUAAUAUUCUUGCGUGUGACAAAACUAGUGAUGAGCGGAUUCGGUUUUACUCUGUUCUCAAAACGGCAUCUUAUUGGCUUACAGAUGUCAUGUGUUUUGUAUAGCCAAAAAGAUUCUGUUUUGAGAUCCGAGUAAAACCGAAUCCGCUCAUCACUAGACAAAACUGAUUGAAAAAUACUACACCAUAGUCGCUCUCUUGUUUCUUCCUUUGUUUCCAGAAUCCUAAAUCAAACUUUUACUUUUUAAUACUUUGUUGCAAAUCCUUUUGUCAGUUACAGCCUGAAGUCUGGAAAGCAUAGACAUCACCAGACGCUGGGUUUCAUCCCUGGUGAUGCUAUGCCAGGCCUCUACUGCAAAUGUCUUCAGUUCCUGCUUGUUCUUGGGGCAUUUUCUCUUCCGUUUUGUCUUCAUCAAGUGAAAUGCAUGCUCAAUCGGAUUCAGGUCAGGUGAUUGACUUGGCCAUUGCAUAACAUUCCACUUAUUUGCCUUAAACGCUUUGGUUGCUUUCGCAGUAUGCGUCGGGUCAUUGUCCAUCUGCACUGUGAAGCGCCUUCCAGUGAGUUCCGAAACAUUUGACUGAAUAUGAGCAGAUAAAACUGCCCAAAACACUUCAGCAUUCAUCCUGCUGCUUUUAUCAGCAGUCACAUCAAUAAAUACAAGGAAACCAGUUCCAUUGGCAUCCAUACAUGCCCACGCCAUGACACUACCACCACCAUGCUUCACUGAUGAGCUGGUAGGUUUUGGAUCAUGAGCAGUUCCUUUCCUUCUCCAUACUCUUUUCUUCCCAUCACUCUGGUACAAGUUGAUAUUUGUCUCAUCUGUCCAUAGGAUGUUGUUCCAGGACUGUAAAGGCUUUUUUAGAUGUUGUUUGCAAACUCUAAUCUGGUCUUCCUGUUUUAUUGCUCACCAAUGGUUUACAUCUUGUGGUGAACCCUCUAUAUUCACUCUUGUGAAGUCUUCUCUUGAUUGUUGACUUUGACACAUAUACACCUAUCUCCUGGAGAGUGUUCUUGAUCUGGGCAACUGUUGUGAUGGGGUUCGUGCUAUUUAGUA